AUGAAUUUAUCUAAGUUUGAAUAUCUUCCAUCUGAAUUAAUCGUAGAAAGAAGUGAUUCUUUAGAUGGAUGCGAUCUUUAUUAUGCAUUUAAUCCACGUAUUAAUACAAUACUCGAGUUAGUUUUAUUUCAAAACGUAAUAGAAAAAGAAUUUAUUUCAUUUUCAUGUAUGUUCAGUCAACAAUGUCAUCGGCGUUGCGUAACAAUAUUUGAACGUAAAUAUUACACAACAUGUUGGUUUGUUCAAUGUCGGUUACGAGAUCGUGGUCGUUUUUUUCGUUUAUCUACUAUUCAAUCGCCUAUAAUCACUAUUCUCUAUUGGCCAGAUGGUGAGGUAUUACUUGACUCAACAGCUAUAACCGUAUAUCCGAAUGUCACUCAUAUUGAACUAUGGUGGAAUUUAUUGAAAUCAGCUCAAGCAAUAUGUCUUCAUGUACGUUCUAUUCAAUUGUAUGGUUCUGGUAAUUAUAAAGAUGUACCUGUUCAUCCUAAUAUUUUUGUUAUUUUACAAAAUCCAUUAAUUGAAUAUAUCAUUAUUAAUGAUAAUCUACCAAUUAUUCAUAUUAGAUUUGCAUCGAUUCUCAGUAAAUCAUCAAAUAAUAUUCAAACAUUGACUUGA